AAGGAAUUACGAAAUUAGGAAUGCUGGGAGGUGGUCAUUUAUACUAUAAAUACUCAAAUCGGGACAUCACAGCAUCGAUACAUUGUACUUAAAUCAUACAUUGACAACCAGUCAUACAUACAAUGAGGUCUUUUGUAAUUUUCGCGUUAAUCGUCGCUGCGGCUGCGGCAGCCCCUCAAGCCCCAACUGAACCAAUUCCCAUCCUCAGACAAGACAGUGAAAUCAACGGUGAUGGCUCAUAUCAGUACGCAUUUGAAACUGGAAAUGGUAUCAGCGCUGACCAAAAGGGAUCCCUGAAGAAGGUUGGUGAUGUUGAAGCUUUGGAGGUUCAAGGACAGUUCCAGUACCCAGGAGAAAACGGAAACAUCCAGUUGACUUACACCGCUGAUGAGAAUGGAUACCAGCCCCAAGGUGACCACUUACCCACUGCACCACCAGUACCAGAAGCUAUCCAGAGAGCUUUAGCCUAUAUUGCCACAGCUCCUCCACAGCCUGAGAACGCGUAAAGUUAUUAAAGCUUAGUUUUUCGUAUAAUAUAAUAUUAAGUAAA